GCAGUCACAGAACAUUAAUCUAUUCCCCCCACACAGUGAUAUCUAAAGCGUAUUAAGUGGUACAAAUUUACUGGGAGAGUUUUGUCUUUUCAAUCAUGGCUGACAGACAGCAGGUGAAAGUUGCACUUUGGUGCAUUCCAAGGUCUAGAUCUACAGUCCUCACCAAGUGCCUUUCAGCUAUAGAAGAUAUUGACAUAUAUUUCGAAUUGUACUCCGUAGCGGCAUUGGUCGGUGGCUGUUUUGAGACGGCAACUGGUCGCAAACUUCCCCUGAAGCUUGAUGGGAAUGAAACCGCCUAUGAGGAGGCCAAAGACGUUUGGUUCAAGACAACCAACAUGAAGAUAUAUCCACGAAGAGUAUCAUGCCAUGAUAUUCAAGAGGAAGUCGAAACUACGAAAAGCAGGUUUGUCUUGAUGAAAGAAAUGUGCCAGUAUAAGGACUACGCCCAAGAUUAUCUUCCGCGUGACUUUCGAUACGUCUUCGUGACGAGGGAACCAACGAGAGCCUACGCGUCUUUUCGGAAGGUUCUGUUGACUACGGGACUAUUUGUCCCAGCGGACAAAAAGUUGGAUAUCAUCCGGGACGACCCGAGUAACACCAGGCCGAUGUCGUGGUACGAAAGUCAACACCAGCUUUGGAGGUACGUCAAGGACAACCUAGACCCCAACCCAAUCAUCAUCGAUGCAUAUGAUCUCGCCUCCAACCCUCAGAAGAUUAAGGCCUCUGUGAAGCGAUUGGUUUCCCAUACAACGACAGCCUUCUCCAGUGGGCCUCGAGCAUCGACGAUUUCCCCCAGAACUUUAACACAGCAGGACCAAACCUGUUCGAGGGCGUUGGGUCAGGUUUCUUCGAGAGGGCCUUUAAAUGUACCCAAUUUGAGGCACCAACUGAAUUGGUACCAAUACCACGUGAUCAGCUCGAUGAUGACGUCAUUCGUUGCGUUGACUAUUCGAUGCCAUUUUACCGGGAGCUAUACGCAAAUAGAUUACAAUAGGGCCUACCUGCCUGCAUGGGUGGGGAUUUAGUGGCAAUUAAUAGAUUCAAGCCUACCCCCCCCCCCCCAUAAUUUUGACAACUUAAAAAAUUGUAUAAUAUGCAAUGCAAAUAAACGGAGUGCUUUUAAAGAGCACUGGAAAGCACUACAACUAUUACUAAUAUUUACAGAAAGUUUUAGACAUUCUCUGCUUUCACUUUAAUUUGUAUCGGAAACACGGAUCGACUCCCCUGGGAAGACCAAUAUACCUAUGAAUGAAAUAUUCAACUAUACAUGUUUCCUCGAUGUUGACCCCUUAUAUUCUAUGCAAGAGCAGCAUUUUAUGUUGGUUUUCUUUGAAUUCGCUUUGCGAUAAAAAUAAUAAUAUACAAAAUUUAUAAAGCGCUUUAUACGAAAGUUUCAAAGCGCUAAGAAAGAAGGGGGGGGGGGGGGAGAAUAUGAGUUCAAGAUAUCUCAGU